AUGCGCACAGACAAAAGUCUGUGCAAAAAUAGAACUCUUUAUCUAUUUAUCUAUCUAUCUAUCUAUCUAUCUAUCUAUCUAUGUUUCCUUUUUUUUUUAUUCUCUUUGUUCUAUUUUUCUCUGUCGUUUUGGUUCUCCAUUACUUCUCCAAAUUCCGAUUAUAAUAUUUUUUUCUCUUUUCGCCAUGUUGUUUUUCUCUCUCACACACACUCUUUCUCUCUCUCUCUGUUUCUUUCACUCUCUUUCUCUCCCUAUUUCUCUCACUCUUUCUUUCUUUCCCUGUUUCUCUCACUCUUUCUUUCUCUCCCUGUUUCUCUCACUCUCUUUCUCUCCCUGUUUCUCUCACUCUCUUUCUCUCCCUGUUUCUCUCACUCUUUCUUUCUCCCUCUGUUUCUCUCACUCUUUCUUUCUCUCUCUGUUUCUCUAACUCUUUCUUUCUCUCUCUGUUUCUCUAACUCUUUCUUUCUCUCUCUGUUUCUCUCACUCUUUCUUUCUCUCUCUUUCUUUCUCUGUUUCUCUCACUCUUUCUUUCUCUCUCUGUUUCUAUCACUCUUUCUUUCUCUCCCUGUUUCUCUCACUCUCUUUCUCUCUCUAUUUCUUUCUCUCUCAAUUUGUGGCUUUCUCUUUCUCUCUCUCCUCCCUUUCUAA